CGGCAGGAGCCCGCGCCCGGCCCGGCGCCCGCCCGCCCCGCGCUGCUCCGCGGCGCCUCUUCUGCACCCGCCGCCCCGCGGAGCGGGAGCCUCGGCCCUCGGCGCGGCUGCCGCCAGCUGCCCCGCGCCCGGCCCGGCCCCCGCCGUAGGGAUGGCAAACUUGCGCCCCGUGGCCGCCCCCCACCGCGCCGGCCCCCGCUCCUGCUGCUGACGGCGCCCAGGGCAAGGGACAUAGGAUGACCCCAGCCUGUCCCCUCUUACUAUCUGUGAUUCUGUCCCUGCGCCUGGCCGCCGCCUUCGACCCUGCCCCCAGUGCCUGCUCCGCCCUGGCCUCGGGCGUGCUCUACGGGGCCUUCUCUCUGCAGGACCUCUUUCCUACCAUCGCCUCGGGCUGCUCCUGGACCCUGGAGAACCCCGACCCCACCAAGUACUCCCUCUACCUGCGCUUCAACCGCCAGGAGCAGGUGUGUGCCCACUUCGCCCCCCGCCUGCUGCCCCUGGACCACUACCUGGUCAACUUCACCUGCCUGCGGCCCAGCCCGGACGAGGCGGUGGCCCAGGAGGGGGCAGAGGUGGGGCAGCCAGAGGAGGAGGAGGUGGCCGUGGGCCUGGAGCUGUGCGGGGGCUCGGGCCCCUUCACCUUCCUGCACUUCGACAAGAACUUCGUGCAGCUGUGCCUGUCCGCCGAGCCCUCGGAGGCCCCGCGGCUCCUGGCGCCCGCGGCCCUGGCCUUCCGCUUCGUGGAGGUCCUGCUCAUCAACAACAACAACUCCAGCCAGUUCACCUGCGGGGUGCUCUGCCGCUGGAGCGAGGAGUGUGGCCGCUCCGCGGGCCGGGCCUGUGGCUUCGCCCAGCCUGGCUGCAGCUGCCCCGGAGAGGCCGGAGCCGGCGCUGCCGCCGCUGCCACCACCACCACCACCACACCUCCAGGUCCGCCUGCGGCCCAUACCCUGUCCAAUGCCCUGGUGCCCGGGGGGCCAGCCCCACCUGCGGAGGCCGAUUUGCACUCGGGGAGCAGCAAUGACCUGUUCACCACCGAGAUGAGAUAUGGUGAGGAGCCGGAAGAGGAACCGAAGGUGAAAACCCAGUGGCCAAGGUCUGCAGAUGAGCCCGGGUUAUACAUGGCACAGACAGGCGACCCCGCGGCCGAGGAGUGGUCCCCGUGGAGUGUGUGUUCCCUGACGUGUGGGCAGGGACUGCAGGUGCGCACCCGCUCCUGCGUGUCCUCCCCCUAUGGGACCCUGUGCAGCGGGCCCCUGCGGGAGACUCGGGCCUGCAACAAUUCAGCCACCUGCCCAGUUCACGGCGUGUGGGAGGAGUGGGGGUCCUGGAGCCUGUGCUCCCGCAGCUGCGGGCGGGGGUCCCGGAGCCGGAUGCGAACCUGCGUGCCCCCCCAGCACGGCGGCAAGGCCUGCGAGGGUCCCGAGCUGCAGACUAAGCUCUGCAGUAUGGCCGCCUGCCCGGUGGAAGGCCAGUGGCUAGAAUGGGGUCCCUGGGGCCCGUGUUCUGCAUCCUGUGCCAACGGUACCCAGCAGCGCAGCCGGAAAUGCAGUGUGGCGGGCCCGGCCUGGGCCACGUGUUCCGGCUCCGUCACCGACACCCGUGAGUGCAGCGGCCUUGAGUGUCCAGCCACAGACGGCAAGUGGGGGCCAUGGAACUCCUGGAGCCUGUGCUCCAAGACGUGCGACACCGGCUGGCAGCGCCGCUUCCGCAUGUGCCAGGCCACGGGCGCGCAGGGCCACCCCUGCGAGGGUACGGGCGAGGAGGUGAAGCCCUGCAGUGAGAAGAGGUGUCCAGCCUUCCACGAGAUGUGCAGGGACGAGCACGUGAUGCUGAUGACGUGGAAGAAGGCGGCUGCUGGCGAGAUUAUCUACAACAAGUGCCCCCCGAACGCCUCAGGGUCUGCCAGCCGCCGCUGCCUCCUCAGCGCCCAGGGAGUGGCAUACUGGGGGCUGCCCAGCUUUGCCCGCUGCAUCUCCCAUGAGUACCGCUACCUGUAUCUGUCCCUCCGGGAGCACCUGGCCAAGGGGCAGCGCAUGCUGGCGGGGGAGGGCAUGUCGCAGGUGGUGCGCAGUCUGCAGGAGCUGCUGGCCCGGCGCACCUACUACAGUGGGGACCUGCUCUUCUCCGUGGACAUCCUGAGGAACGUCACUGACACUUUCAAGAGGGCCACCUACGUGCCCUCGGCAGACGACGUGCAGCGCUUCUUCCAGGUGGUGAGCUUCAUGGUGGACGCAGAGAACAAGGACAAGUGGGACGAUGCGCAGCAGGUGUCCCCAGGCUCCGUGCACCUGCUGCGGGUCGUGGAGGACUUCAUUCACCUGGUGGGCGACGCCCUCAAGGCCUUCCAGAGCUCUCUCAUUGUCACCGACAACUUGGUGAUCAGCAUUCAGCGGGAGCCCAUCUCGGCCGUGUCCAGUGAUAUCACGUUCCCCAUGCGGGGCCGGCGCGGCAUGAAGGACUGGGUGCGCCACUCGGAGGACCGGCUCUUCCUGCCCAGGGAGGUGCUCAGCCUGUCCCCCCCAGGGAAGCCCACGGCCACGGGGGCAGCCGGCAGCCCUGGUCGGGGCCGGGGCCCAGGCACGGUCCCCCCCGGCCCCGGGCACUCGCACCAGCGCCUCCUCCCCGCGGACCCUGAGGAGUCCUCCUCCUACUUUGUCAUCGGUGCUGUCCUCUACCGCACCCUCGGCCUCAUCCUGCCACCCCCCCGGCCCCCGCUGGCCGUCACUUCACGGGUUAUGACAGUGACCGUCCGGCCGCCCACCCAGCCACCAGCCGAGCCCCUCAUCACAGUGGAGCUGUCCUACAUCAUCAAUGGCACCACUGACCCCCACUGUGCCAGCUGGGACUACUCCAAAGCAGAUGCGAGUGCGGGGGACUGGGACACCGAGAGCUGUCAGACCCUGGAGACGCAGGCGGCCCACACCCGCUGCCAGUGCCACCGCCCGUCCACCUUUGCCGUGCUGGCCCAGCCGCCCAAGGACCUGACCCUAGAGCUGGCGGGCUCCCCCUCCGUCCCCCUGGUGAUCGGCUGUGCUGUGUCUUGCAUGGCGCUGCUCACCCUGCUCGCCAUCUACGCUGCCUUCUGGAGGUUCAUCAAGUCCGAGCGCUCCAUCAUCCUGCUGAACUUCUGCCUGUCCAUCCUGGCCUCCAAUAUCCUGAUCCUUGUGGGCCAGUCGCGGGUGCUGAGCAAGGGCGUCUGCACCAUGACGGCCGCCUUCCUGCACUUCUUCUUCCUCUCCUCCUUCUGCUGGGUGCUCACCGAGGCCUGGCAGUCCUACCUGGCCGUCAUCGGCCGGAUGCGCACCCGCCUCGUUCGCAAGCGCUUCCUCUGUCUGGGCUGGGGUCUGCCUGCCUUGGUGGUGGCGGUGUCUGUCGGCUUUACCCGCACCAAAGGAUACGGUACUGCUAGCUACUGCUGGCUCUCCCUGGAGGGCGGCCUGCUGUACGCCUUUGUGGGCCCUGCGGCGGUCAUCGUGCUGGUGAAUAUGCUCAUCGGGAUCAUCGUCUUCAACAAGCUCAUGGCACGCGACGGCAUCUCUGACAAGUCCAAGAAGCAGAGGGCUGGGUCGGAGCGGUGCCCCUGGGCCAGCCUGCUCCUCCCCUGCUCAGCGUGUGGAGUGGUCCCCAGCCCUCUGCUCAGCUCAGCCUCGGCCAGGAACGCCAUGGCCUCCCUCUGGAGCUCCUGCGUGGUGCUGCCCCUGCUGGCGCUCACCUGGAUGUCCGCCGUCCUGGCCAUGACCGACCGCCGCUCCGUCCUCUUCCAGGCGCUCUUCGCCGUCUUCAACUCUGCGCAGGGCUUUGUCAUCACGGCCGUGCACUGCUUCCUGCGCCGAGAGGUUCAGGACGUGGUGAAAUGCCAGAUGGGCGUGUGCCGGGCCGAUGAGAGUGAGGACUCCCCCGACUCGUGCAAGAAUGGGCAGCUGCAGAUCCUGUCAGACUUUGAAAAGGAUGUGGAUCUGGCGUGUCAGACAGUUCUCUUCAAGGAGGUCAGCACUUGCAACCCGUCCACCAUCACGGGCACGCUGUCCCGCCUGUCCCUGGACGAGGAUGAGGAGCCCAAGUCCUGCCUCGUGGGGCCCGAGGGCAACCUCAGCUUCUCACCACUGCCUGGCAAUAUCCUGGUGCCCCUGGCAGCCUCUCCGGGGCUGGGGGAGCCGCCACCCCCGCAGGAAACCAACCCCGUGUACAUGUGCGGGGAGGGGGGCCUGCGGCAACUCGACCUCACGUGGCUGCGGCCCACGGAGCCCGGCUCCGAGGGGGACUACAUGGUGUUGCCCCGGCGGACUCUGAGCCUGCAGCCCGGCGCAGGGGCCGCGGGCCCCGAGGAGCCGCCGCCACGGGCACGGCCCGAGGGCACUCCCCGGAGAGCUGCCAAGACGCUGACCCACGCAGAAGCCUACCCCAGCUUCCUGUCUGCGGACCACCCGGGCCUGGGCCUGGGCCCCGCCUACGGGUCUCUGCAGAACCCCUACGGGAUGACCUUCCAGCCGCCACCACCCACCCCAAGCCCCCGCCAAGUGCCCGAGCCGGGUGAGCGCAGCCGGACCAUGCCGCGAACUGUGCCUGGCCCCACCAUGAAGCUGGGCUCGCUGGAGCGGAAGAAGUUACGGUAUUCGGACCUGGACUUUGAGAAGGUGAUGCACACCCGGAAGCGGCACUCGGAACUCUACCACGAGCUCAACCAGAAGUUCCACACCUUCGACCGCUACCGCGGCCCGUCCACGGCCAAGCCCCUGUUGCAGAGGGAGAAACAGUGGACCGUGGCCUCAGGUGGGGCGGCCCAGCGGAGUGUGUCCGGCGAGAAACCCAGCCCGGGGGAGCGUCCCAGCCUGUCCCAGCAGCGGCGGCAGCAGAGCUGGAGCACCUUCAAGUCCAUGACCCUGGGCUCGCUGCCCCCCAAGCCCCGCGAGCGGCUGGCCCUGCACCGAGCAGCGGCCUGGGAGCCCGCAGAGCCCCCCGACAGCGACUUCCAGACAGAGGUGUGAGUGCCACGCCGGACUGGCGCUGCGUAUAAAUAUAUAUAUCUCUCUAUUUUCACACUCCACUUUGGAACCACCCCGGAGCCGGCGCCCCUCCCCUCUCCCGAGGGCUGGGCAGGGAGGCGUAGUGGACUCAGCGGGCUGGGGGGGCCGGGCACGGUGUGUGGCCUGUUCCCCAGAGGCACCCCAGCCACGGGAGCCCCAUCUUCGCCCCAGCCUGUCGGUCCCUGUCCCGGGCUGGGGAGGGGGGAGGGGAACUUUGUUGGGAAUAAACUUCACUGUAUGGA